AUGAGUCGUCCCGAGCAUGUGAUGCCUCCGGAGCUCUUCUACAAUGAGAAGGAGGCUGCCAAGUACAACUCGAGCUCGCGCAUCAUCAAAAUUCAGAACGACAUCGCCAACCGAGCGAUUGAGCUUUUGAACCUCCCGGAAGACAAGGAAGCGUUCAUCCUCGAUGUGGGCUGCGGCAGUGGCCUUAGCGGCCUCGCGCUCCAGGAACACGGCCAUGCGUGGGUCGGCUGCGACAUCAGUAAGGACAUGCUCGACAUUGCGGCCGAGCGCGAUAGCAGUGGCGACGUGUUUCUCCAAGACAUGGGCUGUGGCCUCCCGUUCCGUCCCGGUGUCUUUGACGGCUGCAUCAGUAUCUCGGCCGUGCAGUGGCUCUGCUACUCGGACAAGAAGGAGCACACGGCGCGAAAGCGCCUCACGCGCUUCUUCUCGUCGCUCUACACGUGUUUGAAGCGCGGCGGCCGCGCGGUCAUCCAGCUCUACCCCGAGACGCCCGAGCAAAUGGAAGAGAUCUCGGGCUGCGCGAUGAAGUCGGGCUUCUCGGGUGGUCUCGUGAUCGACUUUCCCAACAGUGCCAAGGCCAAGAAGUACUUUUUGUGCCUCUUUGCGGGCCACGACCCGACGGUCAAGCCGACGGCGAUGCCCAAGGCGUUGACGGGCGACCCGAAUACGGCGGCGUUUGAGGCGCGCCGUGAGAAGAACAAGAAGGCUCGACGCGGCAACCGAGACAUGCCCAAGAAUCGCGACUGGGUCAUGGCCAAGAAGGACCGGUACCGCAAGCAGGGCAAGGAGGUCAAGAACGACAGUAAAUUCACGGCCCGUCGGCGUCCGUCCGGCUUUUAAGCAUGCUGCGACUGCUGCUACUUGU